AUGCUUUUAUUGUACUCUUUUGUUGAGAAAAAUCUGAGCAAAGAUCCAUCAACUGAAUCAAAUGCAUUACAUUCAUUUACGACUAUUACAGAAAUUCACGAUCCGUUCGGUAUGACAGUUGAUGAGGAGACUUCGUCGUCGGAUAUUGCGCCUCAACAAAAUUAUAUUUUACCGGAAUCAACUAUUGAAAAAACCUACCAAACACAGAAAAAACAAAAAUAUCGUGCAAACGAAUCGUUGAUAUAA